CCGGACGCGCCGCCGCCCCUUCCGCCUGCCGGGCCGCGGCGCCGCCAUGCUUGGGGACCUGCUGCUCUGCGGGACGCUGCUGGUCAACGCGGGCGCCGUCCUCAACUUCAGGCUGAGGAAGAGAGACACGGAGGGGUUCGGCGAGGAGCCCAGGGAGCCCACGACUGGUGACAAUAUCAGAGAGUUCUUGCUGAGUCUCAGGUACUUUCGCAUCUUCAUCGCCCUGUGGAAUAUCUUCAUGAUGUUCUGCAUGAUUGUGUUAUUUGGAUCUUGAAAGUCAUCCACAAACACUCCUGCUACCUUGGAAGAGACUUUUUGGCUGGAAACACAACUUUUCUAUAUAGCAAAAGGUUACAAUGCUUUCCAAACGCAGCCCCGGGAUGGUGGUCCGUUCUCUGGUACGAGUUCCUAACGCACUUGAGGGACAGGACACGUUCAGCUGCUCCAGGCAGUCCUGUCUGAACAUGGUGCACGUGGGUUUACUCACUGCCGGUGGGAUCGAGCCCUUAGGCCCCUGAACCCAAAUCUUCACAGUGAAAUCACUUCAACUUUCCUGAAAUAAAGAGAACUUUGAGUUGUUUU